GCGCUGCUAUCUCCAGCCUUCAACCACCGUACUGGCUCCUAUACGGCCCGUCAACAUGUCGUACGAAGGCAACGAGAAGAGUCCGUCAGGAAGCGCGUCAGACGAGAAGCAACGCUUUGAGGCUAUCGAAAAACUUGCUGUUCCUCAGUAUCAGGCCGAUGUUGACACGGACCACAUCGACGAGAAGAAACUCCUCCGCAAGCUGGAUUGGGCUUUGAUCCCCUGGCUAUCGUUCUUGUAUUUACUCAGUUUCCUGGACAGGACGAGCAUUGGCAAUGCAAAGCUUUAUCAUAUGGAAGAAGACCUCGGACUGACGGACACGCAGUACUUGAUUUGUCUUUCGAUCUUCUUUAUCUCUUAUGCUAUAUUUGAGGUUCCGUCAAACGUCUUUCUCAAGCGUUUGCGUCCUUCGAUAUGGCUUUCGUUGUUGAUGUUCUUUUGGGGCGUUAUGAUGACUGUUCAAGGGCUUGUUCAUGACUAUGGCGGCUUAUUAGCCAUGCGUUGGAUGUUGGGAGUGUUCGAGGCUGGCUUGUUUCCUGGCGUAAAUUACUACCUGUCCUGUUGGUACAGACGUACUGAGUUCGGAAUCCGUGCCGCUGUUUUCUUCUCGGCUGCUACGGUUUCGGGCGCAUUUGGUGGACUGUUAGCAGCUGCGAUUUCCAACAUGGAAGGAAUUGGCGGCAAACCGGCCUGGGCAUGGAUAUUCAUUCUGGAAGGUCUCGCAACCGUAAUCGCAGGAGCAGCAUCGUUCUUCAUCAUCCAAGACUUUCCUGACACCGCUCGCUUCCUUACUGAGCCCGAACGUGUCUUUGUCAUUCGACGGUUACAGGCAGAUGACCAGUUCUCGGCCGCUGGCGAAAAGCUCAAGUGGAAGUAUAUCUUCCAGAGUUUCUUGGAUUGGAAGACUUGGAUUGGCAUGCUUGUGUAUAUGGGUGCAGAUGGCCCACUCUAUGGAUUUUCUCUGUUCCUGCCGAGCAUUAUAAACCAACUCGGUUUUACUGCGACUCCUGCUAAUUUACUUACCGUCCCGGUCUACGUACUCGCGUGUAUCGUCACCUGUUGUGUCGGGUUUUUGGCUGAUAGGUUCGGAAGAAGGGGAUAUUUCACGCUAUGCUUCUUCGUAGUUGCUGCUGCAGGAUAUAUUAUUCUGAUAUUUUCGAGAUCUGCUGCUUUGUCGUAUUUCGCGGUCUAUCUUGCUGCAUGUGGAAUCUACCCGUUAAUACCUAAUAUAAUCGCGUGGGUAUCCAAUAACGUUGAGGGCUCGUACAAACGGAGUGUUACGCUAGGGAUGGUUAUCAGUUUUGGAAAUAUUAAUGGAGCGGCUACUUCAAACGUGUACCGAGCACGCGACAAGCCAUGGUACACACUCGGUCACGGCAUAGUCCUAUUAUACAUCGGGAUCGGCUUCUGCGCAGCUACGGUUAUGUUCAUCCUGCUUCGUAGAGAGAACUUGAAGCGGCUACGUGGAGAACGGGAUGAGGUUAUCGUUGGAGUGAAUGAAGGGAGGCCUGGCGUAAGUGAAAAGAAUGGAAGAUAUGAGAAUGUGGAGGAUGCGAAGAGGGAUAAGGGAGAUGGGUGGAGUGGGUAUCUGUACACGCUGUAG